AUGGCUUCCCCAUGUGUGACUCCAGAAGGCUCGGUGUCGCCGGUCCCAAAAGACGAGACUCCUUCUACGCCUUCGGAACAUUACUCCCCCAACAACUUGAAAUAUUACAAUGAUCACUUGAACAAGAGUCAGUUCAACUUGAUUUUGAUCAACUGCUCGUUGAACUUGCUCAAGCUCAUCUACCCUGAACACGACUUUGAUGCAUCCAAGGCUCGCUUCUUCAUUAUCGAGAUCUUGAGAAGGUCCAAGACUUCUAUCCAGACCUUGCAAAUCUGUUGCUACUACAUGUUUAGGAUCAUUAGUACUGGUCAGGAAGGUUUGGUUCCUACUUGUCCAAAGAAGUUGUUCUUGGGUUUGGUGAUCUUGUCUUCUAAGUUUAAUCAAGACCACAACUACUCAUUCAAGUCGUGGCUCAAGAUUUGUGGAUGCAAGGAAGCAGACAACUCCAGCCUCAACCUUCAGAAACUUCGUGAGGUGGAGAUGCAAUGUCUUAAAUUGCUCGACUACAACCUUUACAUCAAUGACUCCAAGUAUGAGAACUGGUGCAAUGUACUCUUGAUUUUUGGGUACGACUUCAUUUCUUUGCACCAGGUCAACCUUGGAAUCAUGAAUUGGUGCGGCGAAAAUGAAUCGCAUGAUAAGUUGGAGAAAUGGCUGAAGUUCAUGACCCGUUUGGAUGAUAACCAGUUGAAGGUUGUCAAGGUCAACUUUAAGCAGUAUUAUUCCAACCAAAUCGGCACCAAGGUUGUGACUGCUGGUCCGGAGAAAGUUGCUCUGUUGUUUACGAAACGGUCUUAUGCGGAGGAACAGUCUUCUGCUAAGAAGGUGUGUGUAAGUAAUUGA